GUCCAAGCUGAGAAUAACCGGACAGGGCAGGAAGGCAGAGACACAGUACGACGCUACACAAGCACCAGAACCUGUAACAGCUCCUGAUCCAGAAGCCACGUCUGAGGCGGAAAGUAGCGCUAUUGAGACGUCAACACCAGCACCACAAAUUUCCCAAGCAGCAACCAAUGGACGCCCACUUGGAGGAUUACUUCUCCUAGUGGUGUGGAGAGGCGGAACAAAGCCCCCGGGCGGGGGGCUGCUUCCUCACGACAUCACAUGGUUCCAGAAUGACUUAGGAACUUUCACAACAACAGAGGCCGGACUUGCUAAUAAUGCGUCUUGGUUUCCCCUCCACGCAGCGUGGCCAUCGCUUAUUCACGGCUCGGAGCGAUUAGCGCCACCCAGUGAGGAGGCCCCCGCCGUCUGAUUCCACACUGACCCACGUCUUUACCGCCGAACACCAAACAUGGACAAGCAGGAGGACCACAGAGGAACCAACGGAAUCGGACGCAGGUCAGACUGGGGUCACAUCGCGCUGCUGGACAAGACUAAGGAGUUCUUCCAGACGUGCGACGUGGAGAGCAGGGGCUUCAUCACGCGUACUGACAUGAGGAGGCUCCACGGGGAGCUGCCGCUGUCCGCUGAGGAGCUGGAGGACGUGUUUGAUUCCCUGGACACGCAGCGUUCGGGAUACCUCACGCUGGAUGGCUUCUCGUCUGGAUUCAGUCAGUUCCUUCAAGGUCGGAGGAUUUCGGUGUCCGACGAGACAAGCCAGGCCCGCGGUUCAGGGUUGAGAACCAAAGAGGCGCUCUACCAAAGCCAAUGGGACGCCAAGCUGUCGGGAGGCGAGGAUGACGAGGAGCACUUCUGCAUGUUGCUGGAGAGCUUAGGAGCAAGUCACGUUUUUGAAGACCCCGACGAGGUGCGCAGCCUGUGGGCCCAGCUGAGGCGGGACGAGCCUCACCUGCUCUCCAACUUUGAGGAGUUCCUGGCCAGGGUCACCCAUCAGAUCAAGGAGGCCCACCAGGAGAAGCGGGAGAUGGAGAGCGCCCUCCAGAGGAAGGCGGCGACGCACGACAACGAGAUCCGACACCUCUACGAGGAGAUGGAGGCGCAGAUCAAAACGGAGAAAGACCGACUCCUGCUGAAGGACUCGGAGCGCCUCCAGUCCCGGAGCCAGGACUUGGAGCACCAGCUGUCUUCCAAGGAGAAGGAGCUGGAGCAGCUUUUCCAGAAGCAGACGAGGUUGGAGCUGCAGUGCCGCGAGCUGAGCAGCGAGAAGCAGGAGAGCCACGUGGAGAACGCCAAGCUCAAGACGACCAACGACGAGCUGUCUCGAGCGCUGGAGACCUCCAGCCAGGAGCUGCUGGUCGCCCAGGAGCAACUGGCCGUGCUGCAGGAGCAGGCGGCUCGGCUGCACCAGGAGAAAGAGAUGGAAAUGUACCGAGUCACGGAAGGCCUCCAGAGGGAGAAGCAAAGCCUCAUGAAGCAGCUUGACCUCCUCAGAGAGAUGAACAAACACCUGAAGGACGAGCGGGACAUACGCAGCGGAGUGCCGAGAACAUCCCUGAGAAAGAAGCAGAAGCAGAGAGCCGGCCUGGCCAACGUAUUUGACGACAGGAACCAGCCUGCGGAAAGAUCUCCUGUGGUGCUGGAGGGCUCCUACCAGUCCCUGGAGGCCUUGCCUGUAGAGCACCUUCAAAUCGUGUUUGUUGCUUCCUCUUCCUGUAGUGAUGACGACACCGCCGCCGCCGCCGCCGUCGCUAUCAAGAAGAGCAUGGACUUGUCCAGCAGCUACGUGGGCCCCGCCCCUCCUAAAGGUCACAAUGUGCGCACCAAAGCCAAGAAGGCCAUCGCCAGGUCCUCAAGCUUGAGGAGAACCACCAAGGAGCGGGCUAAGAGGCCAGAGCCGGAGAGGAAAGGGGACGCCGGGGAUGAGGCGUUGGACGCGCCCCCCGACGGGUGGCCCCUCAGGCGGGUCAUCUCCAUCGAAGAGGACCACCUGCCGCACCUCCUCCAAGGUGGACCCCAACUGUUGCUGCACCAGCUCAGCGAGGAGGAAGACCUGGAGGAAGCGCGGAGCGAUUUGGACUCGAGCGCCCAAACACGGAAGCUCGGGUUAUUCCGGGCGAAAAAGACCCCCAUGUCGCCACGGGGGCAACCUGUGGGGAAGGAGACCCAGCAUGCAGAAGAGACGCCCUUGCUCGGCCCAAGCCGCCUCUUUAAGGUGGUCCUGGUGGGGAACUCCAGCGUGGGCAAGACCUCGCUUCUGCGCUCCUUCUGCGAGGGACAUUUCCACGCGUCCACUACGGCUACUGUGGGGAUUGACUUCAGCGUGAAGACCCUAACCCUCAACAAUAUGCAGAUCGCCAUGCAGCUGUGGGACACGGCGGGUCAAGAGAGGUACCGUAGCAUCACCAAGCAGUUCUUCCGCAAGGCCGACGGCGUGGUGGUGAUGUAUGACGUCACGCUGGAGGAGAGCUUCAAGGCCGUGAGACCCUGGCUCGCCAACGUCAAGGAUGCUGCAGGGGAAGGCGUCCAGAUCCUGCUGCUAGGCAACAAGAUGGACAUGGAUGGAGACAGGGAGGUGUCCUUCAAGGAGGCAGAACAACUGGCACAGGAGAAGAAGGUGAUGUUCUACGAGGUCAGCGCCUACACGAGCAAGAACGUGACCGAGUCCCUCACCCACCUGGCCAGGGUGCUGAUGGAGCAAGAGGACCGGGUGAGGGACACCACGGUCAUCCUGAGCGCUCAGCCGCUGAAGAAGAAAGCCUGCUGCCAGUGAAGGCACCGUCAUGGAGUCCAUUACUGUUUUUAGCAAGGACACUCGAUUCGGACGACAGCAAGUUAGUAUGCUACCAAGUGCAGGUUCGCGCUCUUUUUUUUUUUUUUUUUUUUUGGGAGGGGGGUGGAUACUAGUGUGAGACCGAGAACUUCACAGGAGGUGGGGCAGCUUCAGAAAAAUCAAGAAAAAUCUACACUACCAUGGAGAUGCUUUUUCAUUCCAUGUAUUUCAUUCCCAAUCAUUUAUUUUGUAUAUUAAAUAAAAAAAACAAUUUUAAAUACAAUAAAAAAAUUUACAAAAAUAAAUCAAAAAAUUAUUUUUAGAAAGAUAUAUUUUUUGGAAUUAUACAAAAAUGAAACUAUAUUUUAUAUCAUUUCCCCUCACCCUAUAUUCUUUAUUUUUCUCAGGCUGCCGAAGUCCUGUCUCACAGUUGUCCAAUAACAAAUGCUAUGAUAUGCUGUGAUGUAUUCCUCGCUGUCUUGAUGAAAUUGCAGUGGUGCUGUAGUUUGAUUGCAUAAAAAAUAUAUAUACAUAUAUAUAUAUAUACAGUACUCCCUUGUUUAAUGCGCUUUUUGUUCCAGACCUGAACCACAAUCAGUCCAUUUCGGCCGAGUAGGAUUCGGUAUUCAUUCAUUCAUUCAUUUUCUACCGCUUUUCCUCACGAGGGUCGCGGGGGGUGCUGGAGCCUAUCCCAGCUGUCUUGGGGCGAGAGGCGGGGUACACCCUGGACUGUUGGCCAGCCAAUCCCAGGGCACAUAUAGACAAACAACCAUUCACACUCACAUUCAUACCUAUGGACAAUUUGGAGUGGCUAAUUAACCUAGCAUGUUUUUGGAAUGUGGGAGGAAACCGGAGUACCCGGAGAAAUCCCACGCAUGCACGGGGAGAACAUGCAAACUCCACACAGAGAUGGCCGAGGGUGGGAAUUGAACCCUGGUCUCCUAGCUGUGAGGUCUGCGCGCUAACCACUCGACCGCCGUGCCGCCAUUCGGUAUUCAUCAAUGGAAUAUUUUAGGAGUUAUGAUAUGCAUGGAAAACCUGUUUAGGAUCUUUUAAAUAGGCUUUUUAACAUUAUUAGAGUCCUCAAAAUACUAUAACACCCCUAUAGUUUCCUUUACAUUUGUAUUACCAUAAAGACAACACGUGUUUAUUUCUGGACAGUGUACUUCUUAGCGGCUUAGCGGAAUGCAGUACUACAGUCACAAUUACAAUGAGUUUACUAUUAGUAUUACUUCUGGCUUGUAUUUGUAUUUGACUUUGUUUAGUUUGUGUAUUAUAUUUAUACAAAUAAUCGGCCAUAUUCAACCAUAAAACUGCGAUUUAUUGUUCACUAUGUUAGGAGGGAGGGGGCGGGGCAACUAAUUAAUGUUAUAUCCAAUGGCGAGUGAGAAUCAUGUUCAUUUGGCGAUGUAAUCAUAUUUAAUAACGACAACAGCAAUAUGAGGCUAUUUUCAUUUGCUAAACGGCACGCCGGAAAAGUGGCCUCGACUCUGCGUUGUUGUUGGGAAUUUUAUUCACCACUGCUCGACUUAACUUUUUACUCGUCAGCUUCCCGAAAGCGAGCAAAAGGCCUUCCUGUCAUGCAAGCAAUGUUACAUUCACGGUUUUUGUUAUUGCUGACACCGAAGGCAUCACGGAGGCAGGAUAAGAUGGCGUCCGGCAUGAUGCUUGCCCUCGCCACAGCUCGCGCGGCGUGUUUUUUUUUUUGAGGGUAGUUACGCGUUGAGCCCGGCGGUCCCUUAACGCAUCUUGUAGUCGUGGGAGAUGGCGGCCUCGCAGAGCUGACCCUUGAAGUCCAGAUCCAGCGUGAACUCCAAGUCCCGCUGCGGACGUGCAAACGAGAAGACAAAGCAUCAGCGGCGAGGAGGACGCUUUUUCUGGUGCAUUGCCAGGUUUUUACCACGUUCUUCUCAUUGGGUCUGACGGCGACGCUGCCGAGUAUCUCCUCGCCUUUCUUCACCGUCAGGUAGUCCUCCAAGUAGAAGACCGUCUGCUUCCAGUGCGUGCUGGCCGCGUCCGGAGCUGACAUCAGGAGACCAAAGAAGAAGAAGAAGAAGAGAGCUUGAGAGGACGUCACCCAGAUGUUAGCUGCGGUCAUCCUCAGCCUCGGGGCCCCGACGGCAGGAGCCAAACAUAGAAGCUCCUCUACAGCGUAUUAUGUAAGCGUCAACGUGUGAACAUCGGCUUACAUAACGCCGCGCUUCCUCUGCACGCCAUGUUUGAGACGCACGCACGCGGCCCCGGCUAAAGUGUUGGCGAUGUAAGCCACAACAUUAGGUACACCUGCUGGUCUGUCUGGGAGAGACGUCCUCUUCUUCAGGGGGGGGGGGAACUUUGACAUCGCUUACGUUACCUUAGCGUCAUGCAGACGACGUCCACGGAGGCGCCGCAGUUUGAGAAAAUUGAAGAAAAACACGUUUUGGGGGGUUUGGGUGGAAGCAGGGCAGGUGCAGCAGCUUAAGAAAAAUCAAGAAAACAACCAGGGGUGGAGUUAGGGUUCAACAACAGCUGUUCAAAGUGUGAGGCCAUCACGGGAGGUGCAGCAGCUUGAGAAAAAUGAAGAACAACGUUAAUUGGCAGAAGAACAGUGGUUUUGUAAAGAGGAGGCGGUGCAGCAGCUUAAGAAAAAUAAAGAACAGCGUUAAUUGAAAGAAGAACAGUGGUUUUGUAAAGAAGAGACGGUGCAGCAGCUUAAGAAAAAUCAGGAAAACAACUGGAGGUGGUGAUAGGGUUCAACAACAGCUGUUCAAAGUGUGAGGCCAUCAGAGGAGGUGCAGCAGCUUAAGAAAAAUGAAGAACAACGUUAAUUGGCAGAAGAACAGUAGUCUGGUAAAGAGGAGACGGUGCAGCAGCUUGACAAAAAUGAAGAAAAACGCAUUUUGUGUUUUUUGCGGGGUUAAAGGAGGGGUUCAAGGGAGGUGCAGCAGCUUAAGAAAAAUCAGGAAAACAACUGGAGGUGGUGAUAGGGUUCAACAACAGCUGUUCAAGUGUGAGGCCAUCAAGGGGAGGUGCAGCAGCUUGAGAAAAAUGAAGAAGAACGUUAAUUGAAAAAAUAACAGUGAUCUGGUAAAGAGGAGACGGUGCAGCAGCUUAAGAAAAACGAAGAACAGCGUCAAUUGGCAGAAGAACAGUGGUCUGGUAAAGAGCAGACGAUGUAGCAGCUUGAGAAAAACAAAGAAAACCGCAUUUUGUUUUUUGCUGGGUUAAAGGAGGGCUUCAAGGGAGUUGCAGCAGCUUUAAAAAAAUGAAGAAAACAACUGAGGGUGGUGUUAGGUUUCAACAACAGCUAUUCAAAGUGUGAGGCCAUCAGGGGAGGUGCAGCAGCUUGAGAAAAAUGAAGAACAAUGUUAAUUGGCAGAAGAACAGUGGUCUGGUAAAGAGAAGACAAUGUAGCAGCUUGACAAAAACAAAGAAAACCGCAUUUUGUGUUUUUUUUGGGGGGUUAAAGGAGGGCUUCAAGGGAGGUGCAGCAGCUUGAGAAAAACAAAGAAAAACGCAUUUUGUGU